AUGCCCAAGUGCAAAGGAGCUGCUGGUGUGCAGGCUAUCUACUUUGAAAUCGACUCAUGCUGGCUGCGAUUCAAGCGUCUCUUGGCCCACUGUACCUCUCCCUCGUGGCCAAAGUGCUCCUCUAGCUCACAUGCGAACUUGCCCCAUCUCAUCUCCGCCUUACCCAUCACAUCACAUCUCUCUUCCUCUGCUCAGCUGCGCUCUAUUCUCCAUUAG